AUGAGCGAGGCGACGGAAAAAGGUCUAGGUGAGCCGAAAAACGGUUUGGACCAGAGAUGUUGGGAAUUCCGUGUUCCGUGUUCCGUGUUCCGUGUUCCGCGUUUUAUUGCAAUAUUUUUUCCGUGUUCCGUGUUCCGUAAAAAAAAAUUUCCGUGUUCCGUGUUCCGUAGAAAUAAGUUUUUUCCGUUUUCCGUGUUCCGUGUUCCGUAGAGUAAAAUUUUUAUUCCCAACAUCUCUGGUUUGGACACAACGUUGUAGAUCCCGAUUACAGAUGCAACGGGACGCGAAACGACGUUGCCGGCAGUUUGGAGACCGGACAGCCAGGGACCACGUGGAGAGGGAUUGGCGGUUUAUAGGCCGAGGCAUAAGAGUGAGCGAACGGGAUCCAGUUAGAGGUACCAGGGGAUCUUUUUUUUUGCAGGAUUCUGGUGGUGGAUCUGGGAGGGAAUAAAGGCGGUCGUGAGCCUCGCGCGCAUGGUCCUCGACAUCAUCAGUCCGGUGCUGACGGCGCUCAAGUCGGUCGGAUUCAUCGGCUCGCUGAUCGCGUGCGUCGUGUUCCCGCCCGCCGGACUCACCGCCCUCGCCGCCACCACCGCCAUUUCGGCGAUGCACGUCGGCGUGACCGUCGCCGAUGGGGCGCUCAACGACGGAAAACCGCACCCGUCGCUGGGAAAAGUCGGCGAGAUUUUGGAGGGCGUCGCGCAGAUCGCCGGCUACGUCGACACCGCCCUCGCGUUCGUCGACUUUACGAAUCCCGUCAAGGCGGUCAUGAACGUGGCGAAACUCGCGAAAACGGCCGGCAAAAUCUGGAAGGCGGUGAAGAACGUGCCGAAGAUGGUGAAAGGCGUCGGCGGAUUCAGAGGAGUCAUUGGAUCGGCGAAAAAAGUGAUAAAAGGCGCGGGCGGUUCGAAACGCGCCGUCGGCAAGAUUCUCGACGCGGCGACAGACGUGAGCGUCAAAGUGCCGGGACUCGAGAAGACGAAGAAGGUGCUGGGAGAGGUGAAACGGAUUGUCGACGCGAGCGACAAGCUCGGCGAGGCCACCAACAUCUUGGGCGAGUACGUGCCGAUUGUCGCGAAGCUGGGCAAUGUGAAGGAUGUGAGGGCGGCGAUGAGCACGGCGAGACAGAUUGGCGCGGCCGUCGACUCGGCCGACGACGUCAAAUCGGCACUCGAAAGCGUCUCGACGAUCGGCAAGAGCGUGGGCGGCACCGUGGAAAACGCGAACAAGGCCCUCGACGUUGUCGAUUUGGUGUCGGGCGGCGCGGUGAACACGGAUGCGGCACGUGCGGCGCUCGACACGUUCCGAGACGUGUCCAAGUUGUUGGGCGGCAGCACGAAGGGCGUCAAGAAGGGAUUCGGAGCGUUCAAAGAACUCGUGGCACGGGCGAAGAGCAAAGAGGCAAUGAAGGGACUGAUGGGAAUUGUGAAAGAGGCGGCGAAAAACGAAGCGGAUCCGCGGAACUUCAAGAAACAGAUGCAGAGGCUGGCGAGCAUUCGAACGUUUGAAGACGUGCCGAGGAUUCUGAAGGGUGUCGGAGGAGUGCCCGAUCAGUACACGGAUAGUAUUGAGAACUUUCGAGACUCGAUGAACUUGUUUUGGAGCCUGCCCGACGAGGUGAAGGAUAUGAACGACGUGCGGAAGAUUGUCGACUCGUUCCACGCGCUCCCCGACAAAUUCCAAAACGACGAACUCAACGGGAUCAUGGAUAAGACGAUGGAAGUCGUCGAGUCGGUGGUCAACGAUCCCGCCGCGUUCGGCACGCUCUUCGAUUCGAUGAGCCACCUCCAAAGUGCGAUCAAAGAUCGCGCAAAGCUGUCGGAAAUUGUGAAAAGUGUGAAGGGCAUUUCGGGCGGCGCUGGCGCUGCCGUCGACGAGCUCUUCGACGCGUUCCAGAGUGUUCCGCGAGGCGUCACCGACCUGGCAGCCGUCCGAGACACUUUUGACGCGCUGGCAGCGGUGCCCGACGCGAUGGCCGACGAUGAGAGCGAGCCGCAGAGGUGGUUCGAAGCGAUGGAGGGCGUCUCGAGAGCCGCCGAGUGUGUGGAAGUCGUCGCCGCGUUCACGCCGAUCUCUGCGUUGAUGGGCGGCGAGAAGUCGUUCGCGGAGACACUGGAGAUUCUCGGAUUAUUCGAGAAACUUGCCGGUUUUGUAAAAGACGUUGGCGGCUUCAAAACACUCAUGGACAGUUUUCACGUACUUACCGAAUCGGGCAACUCGCCGGCGAUGAUCAAAGCGCGUAUGGAUGCGGCGAACGCAAUCGGCACCGCUUUGGCGCCGAACGUCGAUCGAAACGCGCCGAACGCGAUUCUGUCGGUGCUUCCGCUCAAAACGAGCUCUACGCACAGUCUGCAGAGGAUUCUGCGCGCGUUCACCCUCGUCACGCACUUUCCGAUCCAACUCAACGAGCUGCAGUACGUGCUCAAAGUGCUGAGCGAGGCGAAGGGUGUUCAGACGUCCGGCGAGUUGCUCGACGUGCUCAACCAACUCGGCACGUUCUCGGACUCGAUGAACUCGCUUCAGGACUAUAAAGAUUUUUCGCGACAAGUGGCACACUCGCUGGAGCACGUGCACGACGAGCCGGCGCUUCAGGGAAUGCUCCGAUGGGCCGAGCUGGUGACGAACAAAACUGGGAACACGACGAGCGUCGUCGCCGACGGAAUCGCCGCGCUUCAGACCAUUUCGGAGUGUGUCAAGAGUUUGGACAAUGUGAACGCGGUGCUUGAGACGAUCGGCACUCUGUCGAAGGGUGUCCGGGCAAUCGAAAACAUUGACGGCUUCUUCGACGCGUUCACCAACCUCACGAGAGUCUUCAAAACGCCGGCCGCCUUCGACACUCUCUUGGAGCACUUUGUGGAGCACGCCGACCUGAGCAAGUCGCUCAACGAGAUUCAAAGUGUGUACGGAGCCCUGGGAGAUCGGCUCGCGCGGAAUUUGAGCCAACACAACCUCCAGUUCACCCUGGACACGCUCAAACUGCCGAAAGACUCGCUGACAAGCCCGCACGCCGCUAUCGAGCUGCUCGGGACCAUGGAGAACAUCGUGCGGAAUGUGUAUCGACGCGACGAGAUUCAAUCGAUGGCGAACGCGUUGAAACAGUUGCCGACGAUGGUUAUCGAUUUUGAAAAGUUUCGCACGCUCAACGAAAACGUGAAACAACUCGUCGCGACCGUGAGCAAUCUUGAUGCGGUGCCGACGGUCAUGCGAGCAUUCGGCUACCUUCCCCCGGGGAUCAAGAGCCUUCAGAGCUUGCGAGCAGCUCUUGAAGCAUUUGUGAAGCUCGCGAGGGUGUCGAAAAGUUUGGGACAUUUGAGAAAGAACGCGGCGGCUCUGGGAGUCGUCGCCGCGCGUGGAGGCACUUUUGAUCGGCUCCGCACCCUAUUCGCGUUUAUGGAUCAACUCGUGGCCGGUGCCCAAAGCCUCGAGCAUCUGAAACAUGUGCUCGAAUAUCUUGGAGUCGUCCCCCAGGAGGUGAAAUCACGCGAUCAGGCGCGACAGAUUGUGGACGCCAUCUCGGAGUUGGUGGACAAUUGCGAGACGGACGAUUGUAUCCAAAAGACGACCGACUUUCUGCGCGAGACGAACGAUAACUCGGAGAGCACAGAGGAGAUGCGCACCGCCCUCGAAAGCUAUGAAGACGUGGCGGAUCGGGUGCCCAAUCAGGAGGCGCUCGCCAGUCUUUUGGAUCGAACGCCCGUGUUCGGCGACGAGUACGGCGACGGCGAGGACCGGAACUUGUGGAAUAACGUGGACUACAUUGAGGGAUGGGCCAAGGACCAGAAGCGGAAGAACGAUGAUGAGAAGAAGAAGCAGCAGAGCACACAAAUCGCCGCGAAACCCGAACCGGAUGCCAAGCAGACUAUGCGAUCGCUCGCAAAAGUGAAAGAUAUGAAAGUGCCGAGCGCGGACUUUAACGCCGAUCUGGGCACCAUUUUGGCGGAGAUUAACGGGUUGCCACCGGGCGUCAAGUCCUACGAGGACAUGACCAAGUACGUUGAGAUGGUCAAGAAGUUUCCGAACAAGGAGGAGGGGCUCACCGACAUGGAGGAGUGUGCGAACGCGUUCGAACGAAUCGGCGACGGCGACAAGAUCAAGGAGUUUCUUCAGCUCGGCGAGGCAUUCAAAGGAUCGCCGACGGCGCUCGGUGGCGUCGCAAACAUUGUCGAAGGCAUUGGAUCCCAGGGGACCAUCCAACAGAUUCCUGAGUUGGUGCGAGGGAUCAAGAAGGCGCCGGCAGUUGCGCCGAAGCUCAAAGAGCUGCCCAAGUACAUUGCGGACAUUCAGAAGUUCCCCGGUGGAGUGCCUGCUCUUCCGGGCUUUAUGGAUCCACUGGCAGUGCUUGGUGGAUCCCUGGGACUCGGAACACUCAAAGAGCCGCGGCCACAGCUCGUGCGAAAGAUUCGCGAGACGCCCGACGCCAAAACGCAUCUGGGAAGCGUUGUGAGCGGUCUGAAGCCGCUCGCCAGGGCUCCAGAAGCUCCGAAAGGACUCCGAGCCCUUCAGAACUUUAAAAAAGACACCCCGGCCGAGAAUCGAGGAGUGCUCUCGAAUAUUGGAGGCAUUAUCAAGGGUCUAGCCUCGACGACGCCGUUUUCGGGCAUUUCGAGCCUCGGAAAAUCGAUAAAAGGCUUGCCAUACGGCGCCGCUACAGUAACCGGGCUCGGCGACGUGCUCGCGAACAUUGGCACGAUUCCGAACGCGUUGAACAGCGUCAAAGAGUUUCCGGUGGCGAUGCGGAUGCCCGGAUGCUCGGAACAAGGCGGUCGCAACUUUGAGGCGCUGAGGGAUCUGCUCAAGGAUCUGGGGGUGGAGAAGAGGAAAGUGGAGGCGAUCGAGGCAUUCAAGGCGGUCGGCGAUCAGUGGAGAGCGCUGCCGAACGGACCGGAAGACUUUGAGAACUUUGCGCGCAUUCUCGAGCCCGUGCAGAAGAUCCCCGGCGGACCGCGAGCCGUCAAAGAGAUUGGAAAGGUCCUGGAGGAGAUUGGAGUCGAAGAUCCGGACUUUAGGAUCCUGGACGACCUGGUUCCGAGCCUUGAUGACAUUUGGAAGGCCGCCGGCAAGACGCCAAUCAUUGAGGAGAUGGUCGACGGACUCGACGGGCUCGGCGAUGAGUUUGACGAGUUUCUGGCACUCAUGGAUCACUAUAAUGGACUUUCCAACUUUUGGGACUUUUUGAAGGGACUUUUGGAUGAGGUCGAAGCCACUACAGGUUGGUUUGAACAUUCAAAAAAGACCUGGCCAACGAGUAUAGUAACUUUUAGACGGCCCACCGGUUCCGCUGCCACUACCCGCUGAUCCACAGUCUACAAAGCCACCUCUACCUGUUCCCGGUGGUCCACAAGUUCCGCCUACAAAUCCGAACCCAACAGGCUCGUUUGAAACCUUAUAAAUCUCGUAAAAUGUUAUGUGAUCUUCAGGGACCCCCGCGCCAGUUCCAGUUCCUUCUCAAGGCCCGGCACAACCUGCAGGUACGGAUUUUUCUUUUAAACUUAAACUGAAGGUUUAUGAAAAAUUUUAGUGACCCCAAAUCCUGGUCAAGUUCCCAGCCAGGCGCCAGCGACCCAGGGACCGAGUGGUAGGAUUAUUGUAGUUGGAGAAACCAAAAAAUACGAUUUUUUAAGGUUCUGGAACUGGAGCACCUCUAGUUACUCGCGCAAGACCCCAGCAGCCGGGUUCCGCAACCCAGGACCCCCGGCUCCAAGCGACCCAACCGGCGGGACCAAAGCCUGCAAGCCCGAAUCCGUCUGCAACUCAACUGCCUCAAAUUGGUAGCGUAACCCAGAAGCCCGGACCUCGGGGUCCAACUGGUGCACCAGGAGCUUCAGGAGCUCCAGGAGCACCCGGAGCACCGGGUCCCACUGGAUCACCAGGGCGAUCGGGACCAACUCUGGCACCAGCAGCAGCAGCAACCAAAAACCCUGGACCGACGUGUAAGUUUGAGGCAAAAUAUCUGGGCUCCGAGAAAAUAUUUCGAAAAACGGUCAACUAAAAAGUUGUAGAGCGUGAAAUGAUCUUUCGAUUUGUUUUUUAACCUUUGCAAAAUCUCCUCAAACUGAUUAAGAAACGCAGCGUUUUGUGUUUUUCAGUGCCAAAACUCAUCGACUUCGAGAGAGGCGUCACAGACGACAUUGAAAAGGUGAUUGAGCACAUGUGCACGCUGAACGUGCUCGACAAAACGCGCAUAACCACCGAGCACCGUCGUCUCAUCGCCACGAAAUUCUUCGAAUUGCCCGAUCACCGCGAAAUGGAGAAGGAGCUGCUGAAGGUGCUCCCGCCGCUCAUCGACUUUGGCGGCAUUCCGAACGUUCACGAGUUUGUCGAGAAGUUGGAGCCGUUCCGUGACGCGCCCGACGUUUUGCCGCAGCUUCAGAAGGUUUUUGAGGCCCUUCCGACAGGAACACGGUCCGGCGGCCAGGGAUCAUCGGAGAGAUCCAAGGCGCACGACGCGAUGGACAAUAUCAACAAAAUGAUGAGGUGGAUGGGCGAAGAUAAGGAGCGGCACAAGACGUUUAGAGACAUGGGCGAUGUGUUUAGAGACCUAUCCGGUCUGGCCGACUCUUUUGGUGGUCCCGGCGGUCCGGGCGGAUCGUCGCCAUUCGACAUGCUCAAGGGCAAGCUCCCAAAGAGCCUGAACCCAAUGUCGAAGCUUCCGGAAGGAUUCAAAUCGCUGCUGGACGCGAAAUCCGGAAGGGAUCUGCUGAAGCAACUGCCCGGUGGACUCGGAAAUCUCGGCGACCUUGUGGACAUUAUGGGCGACUUGGACAAGGGCGGAAACGGAAAGAAUAUCGUCGCAAAACUUGGAGACACCUUCUCGAAGCUCACCGGAAUCGAUGGAGGCCUGGACAUUCUGGAUACGUUCUCCGAUCUACUCGGUCUGUUCGAUAGCGACAAGGAGGCGGGUGGAUUCUUGAAUUUAUUCGGGGACCUGGCCGGAAUGGUCGGCGACGUGGUCGGCGGCGCCGGUGGCAUCGCGGAUCUCUUUGGUUUCGUCGGAAAACUCGGAAAGUCGCCUCUCGACCUGGUGAAAGGCAUCGGAAGCUUGAUCCCCGGCGUCGGCACGGCCACAAAGGCGCUCGACUCGUUCGGCGGCAUCCUCGAAGGAAUCGGAAGUCUGUUCGGACUCGGAGGAGACGACGACAAGAGCGAUGAAGGUGGAGACGACGAGGAGAAGAACGACGACGGAUGCGGCUUUUUAGGUCUCGGAUGUGUCUUUGAUUUGGGCAAAAAAGUGCUCGGCGGACUGACGGGAACACUUGGCAAACUGCCGGGACUCGGCAAAAUUGUCAGCGGUGUCACCGGAGCGCUCGGAUCCCUCGGACCAAUCGGAAAAGCGUUGGGAAGUGUGAGCGGAGUGCUCGGAGCCGGCGGCGUCGGCGGGCUCAUCACUUCGGCCGCCUCGGCACUGGGACUCGGAGGAGCGGCGGCGAGCAUCGCCAGUUUUGCCGCCACCGCCGCGCCGUUUGUCGCCAUGUUCGGACGGCGGAAACGACGGUUCAUUUGGAUCGUGCCAGGCAUACCAAGUGCACCGAUCAUCAAACUGCCACCUGCUCGCCUCAGCGGUCCCCGAUCGUUCAUGCAUCUCGUCUAUUGGCUGUCUCAACUCCUCCAACUGCUCGCCACGCCCGAUCCGGUCUUCACCUCGAGCCGCUGGCUCCUUCCGUGGGCGCAACCGCUGUGGAGACCGCCCGUCUUGCACUGGGGCAUGUUCGUCGUACAGCACAACUCGAUGAACGACGCGAUUCUUCAUCUUCGGUGCAUUCUCGACGCGCAAAAGUAUUGUCCGAGUGCCCUUCCGCCGACGCCUCCUCUUGUGCCACUCGAAAACCUGACGACGUGGCUCCGACCGGCGGAACCACCGGCUCCGCCACGGCCCUGGUCUGGCCAACAAGCGCCGAUCGUUCCGAUUGUGGUGCCGGUGCCGGUGACGAUUCGAGUUCCGAUUGUGGUGCCGGUCCCGUAUACUGUUCCUAUUGCUGUUCCGAAUCCGAUUCCGAUUCCGUCACUUGGACCCUCAGGACCAACUCUUGCACCUCUACCGGGACCUGGACCUGGACCCGGUUUACCAACCCUUACACCUUCUCUGGGACCGUCACAGCCACCCGCGACUAUGGUCCCUGCCACAACAACGGAUCCUAGACAGAAGAGUACGGUGGAAGCGAGUACACGCUCCCAACCGUCUGGGACCACUCCUAUCUCUUCCUGGACCACGGAUCCUUUGAUCAAGGAUCCUCGGACCAUGGAUCCUCGGACCACGGAUCCUCGGACCACGGAUCCUCGGACCAUGGAUCCUCGGACCACGGAUCCUCGGACCAUGGAUCCUCAGACCACGGAUCCUCGGACCAUGGAUCCUCGGACCACGGAUCCUCGGACCAUGGAUCCUCGGACCACGGAUCCUCAGACCACGGAUCCUCGGACCACGGAUCCUUUGAUCAAGGAUCCUCGGACCACGGAUCCUCAGACCACGGAUCCUCGGACCACGGAUCCUUUGAUCAAGGAUCCUCGGACCACGGAUCCUCGCACCACGGAUCCUCAGACCACGGAUCCUCGGACCACGGAUCCUUUGACUCUGCCGCCACCUUGGACCACUUUUGGAGCAAGUUUGGCGCGUUCUCAGCCAACGACUGUGUCUGCAGAAACACACGGAUCCACAAGGACCACCAACGUCAAGCCCAACUCGAAGCCCGGCUCACUUCAACCACCACAAACCUCAACAGAUCGUUCUCGAAAUGUCGCAUCGGCCGAAGCGCUGAUCGGCACGUGGAAAUGCGCGGAAGGCGGAAACGCGACGUGCGCGGAAAUUUGCGACGAGCUCCGGAAAGCGGUGAAAUCGGAGGACAAAGGGUGAUUUUUUAUACAGAAAUUGACGAACCCAACUGUUUAGGGGACUCGGAAUUGUCAAAAUUGUGCUCACGUGCACCGCCUGUCUUCUCUUCCUCACCAUUGCCGCCAUCACGCUGCUUAGUUGCUGGAGGAAUUGUGAGUUGUGUGGGGGAGGGGGAGGGAUUACUGUAGUUGGGUACUGUAACUAACACUCUGAGCUUUAGUGAACUUUCCGGGAACCUUUCGGAACAAUUUUGAUCAUUCUUCAACCUCAAAAGUCUUCCGGAAUUUUGUUUAACCAUUUCCGAACCCCACCCUACCUGAAACAUUUGUAGUGAAAGAGAAACGUGCUCAAAAGAGCAAAGAAGAGGCGGACGACGUUGAAAUUGCGUUUGACGCGUCCGCGGAGCCCGGCGGAUCGCUCGAGCCGCUGAGCAAGGAAUCAAAGGGAUCGAAAGGAUCGGCGAGCCAAGAGACUGGCACUAAAACGAAAUCGAGCAGAAAUGCGAAGAAGAAAGAGCCGAAGAAAGGUGAGCGCGUGGCCAUGGCCUCCCGAAUCCAAUUUGUUUCUUUUUUUUUGUCACAGGCGACAAGGCACCGGAGAAGACGAAGAAGAAGAAGAAGAAGAAGAAGGAGAGCAAAACGAAAAGGACGAACGCGCCGAGGAAAGCGAAAAAGACAAAGAUCGGAACGCAUUUGAUUGCUAUUUGA